UGGAGCUGCUGUGCGAGAAGUCGAUCGGCACCGCCAACCGGCCGAUGGGCGCCGGCGAGGCCCUGCGGAGGGUGCUGGAGUGCCUCGCCUCGGGCAUCGUCAUGCCAGAUGGUUCUGGUAUUUAUGAUCCUUGUGAAAAAGAAGCCACUGAUGCUAUUGGGCAUCUAGACAGACAACAAAGGGAAGAUAUCACACAGAGUGCUCAGCACGCUCUGAGGCUUGCGGCUUUUGGCCAGCUUCACAAAGUCCUGGGGAUGGAUCCCCUGCCUUCCAAAAUGCCCAAGAAACCAAAGAACGAAAACCCCGUUGACUAUACUGUCCAGAUCCCUCCCAGUACGACGUACGCUGUCACCCCGAUGAAGCGUCCGAUGGAGGAGGACGGAGAGGAGAAAUCUCCCAGCAAAAAGAAAAAGAAGAUUCAGAAAAAAGAGGAAAAACUCGAACCUCCGCAGGCCAUGAACGCACUGAUGAAGCUAAACCAGCUCAAACCGGGGCUCCAGUACAAACUGGUCUCUCAGACCGGCCCCGUCCACGCCCCGAUCUUUACGAUGUCCGUGGAAAUUGACGGCAGCACCUUUGAGGCGUCGGGACCUUCCAAAAAAACGGCCAAAUUGCACGUGGCCGUGAAG